AUGGCAUCACCUUUCAUUGUCCCAAUCAUUACUCGCCAGCUCACAACAACUUGUAGCUUCCUGACUUCACCUAUCGUUGAGAUUAUCGUUGGGAAAGGCGACGGUGAGACCGUUAUGACAGCUCAUCAAUCGCUCUUGAUGGAAGCGCCACUACUAGCCGAGUUGCUUAAAAAAUUCGAAGCGUCAGGCCCGCGACGCAUCAACCUGUCAGAAGAGGACGUUGAUGCCUUCGGUUGCUUCCUCCAGUUCCAAUAUACGCGUGAUUACACCGUGGUUCAAACGGAAACACCCGGGGAAACAGUUGAAGACAAAAGCGGCGACGAGUUGCUGCGCCAUGCGCGCAUCUACACCCUGGCAGAGAAGCUAGGUCUGCCAAACCUUCAGCGCAUUGCCCAUGGCAAGAUCCAUAAGGUCCAGAGCUCACCUGAUGCGGAGCUUUCAUAUGCCCGUUACGUAUAUACUCAUACACCAGCAACAGACACGACCAUUCGGAAGCCUGUGGCGACUUACUGGGCGAACCAAAGCCACUUGCUGCGGCAGGAGGUUGGGAACAACUUUAAGAAGCUGUGCAUUGAAGUGCCGGAGUUUUCCUUUGAUGUUUUGACUAUCAUUCUGGAUCGCAAGUUGAAGAACGGAUCGGUGGAUGAGAUCAAGGGAAGUGCGCACAAGCGCAGAAGAGACAUCUAG